UCACAAUCGUACGACUCGACCAGCCCCCCAAAUUCUUUCGAGCUUUCGAAUAUCUUAAUCGCCUUUGCGAGCGACGACAACCGGGCUGGAAAGCUCACAUAAGACUCGGCAUUGGACAUACGGUUGAUACUGGUCAAUACUGAAUGCGCCAGGUGAGACGAUUACACGUGGUGGUUAUCGAGGAGCGAUUAACAAAACAUCUCGAUGAUACUCGAGGGGGCGGGCUUAUGGAUGAGUGAUAUCAAGUCGAAUGGGAAAUCCGAGUAGCAUCGCUGACCCCACCGCUGCCCGACGGCCGAUAUAUCUCGAAGCAAUCAGCCAAAGUCACAAGACCCAAGGUUACAAAGAUGGCAGCAACAAUGGACACUCAGAUGCCGCUCCGUGAUGAUCUCAAUUUGAUGGGAUUACAAGAACUGGACUCGCAUCUUUCAAUAUUUGAGUCCUCGAAUGGGGGCCGAGACUCGUCUACCCCGAGUGCCAUGUCAAACUCCCCCUUUGGUGAUUCUAUCAACAUAGUUGAACAACAACAUCAUACCAUUGUUGUUGAAUCACCUGGUGAAAACGUCCCUUAUAAAAGCCCCUUUGGACCAGGACCCCGUGCCAGGUUUACGGAUCAAAAGUUCAACAAUAGCAUCCCAGCUGAGCGUCAUCGUAAGCCCGCUUCCGAUGGCAGCUUGUAUCUCAGGCCUGAAAGCGCUCGCGACUCCAUGGCCUCAUCCAUGACGACAGACAUCGACGAUGGCUCAUCCGCCCUUUCAUCGAUAUCGAGUAAAGGGACGUCUCCUACAGGGUUUGAUCCCAGCUCGAGAGAAACAGCGAAAGUGGCGUCUCAUACAGGAAAGCGACGCGAGAAAUACGACAUUCGUCCAAAGGUCUCGAUACCAACGGAUAUCGCGCCUUCGGAAUAUGCGAGACAAUGCAUUGCAGCUGCAGAAUCGUCACGCCUGAACCCGUACAGCUUACAUCCCGAGGAGCAUGCGAUGUUGCGUAAACAUAUCACUCACCAACAGGUCACGACUUAUCUCAAUAUCAGAAACGGCAUCCUGAGGUUAUGGACACGAAAUCCCAUGAUCGGCGUUGAGCGAGACGAGGCCAUUGGAUGCGCAAAGGACCCUCGUUGGUUUGACAUUGCAAGCGUCUGCCAUGAAUGGCUUGUGCGACGAGGCUAUAUUAAUUAUGGUUGCUUGGAGCAUCUAGCAACCGGAGAGGAGGUCAAGAAACAACGGAGUGGCAAGCGAAAACGAAAGACUGUUGCUAUCAUUGGAGCUGGUAUGUCCGGCUUGGGUUGCGCAAGACAACUCGAAGCUCUUUUUUCUCAGUUCGAAGAUCGCUUUCGUGAGAAGGGUGAAGAUCCUCCACAAGUAGUUGUCUUGGAGGGCAGAGACCGAAUCGGCGGAAGAGUGUAUUCUCGUGCAUUCAAUUCGAAACCAAAAUAUCCCACACUUGCAUACGGAAACCGACAUACGGCAGAAAUGGGUGGCAUGAUCAUCACAGGCUUUGAUCGCGGUAAUCCUUUGAAUAUUAUUGUCAGAGGUCAACUCGCUUUGCCAUAUCAUGCUUUGAAACCGGACACUACGAUUUAUGAUGCGAACGGAAGACCGGUAGACAUGAACCGAGAUCAGUUUGCUGAGAAGCUUUUCAACUACAUACUCGACCGAGUCAGCGAGUAUAAGUUCAAGAUUCCCACUUCUGCUGCCGUUGAUGGAGACAAAGACCUUCUCGACGCGGGCAGAGACGUCAGCUCUGAAGGCUCAAAGACCAUCAGUGAAGUCGAGGACGCGCCAACCAGUGCACCACCAGCCGGGACAAACGACAAGGCGUCGCGCACUCCCGAAGUGCAGAUGGUUCCCGUGUCAUCCGACAGGCUUACCGGUCGGGCUCAUCUCGAGCUAGGUAUACCUGCUGUUCAUACGGCUGCGUACAAAGCAAAGGAGAUCGGCUGGCUUCUACGACCAGGUGUGGGUAUUGAACAAGAUUUGGAUCUCGAGACUGCUGUCAACUCGAGAUAUGCAACUCUUGGAUCAGUAUUUGACGAAGCCAUUCGCCAAUAUACGAGAAUUGUCGACUUUACGCCUCUGGACCUACGUUUGAUCAAUUGGCAUGUCGCUAAUCUGGAGUACAGCAAUGCAAUCACUUGCAACAAGCUAAGUUUGGGAGGUUGGGAUCUGGAUGCUGGCAACGAGUGGGAGGGCAAGCACACUAUGGUUACUGGUGGCUAUCAACAAGUUCCCAGGGGUCUUCUCAACUGCCCUCAGCCCCUGACUGUACAGAAAAAGAGCAACGUCAAGAAGAUUACCUACGCUCCUGAAAAUACGGGAUCACCAUCAAAGAUUGAAUGCGAGGAUGGCACUGCCGUCGACGCGGAUUAUAUCGUCUCCACAAUUCCUCUGGGGGUUUUGAAGCAACACAGCAUUCUAUUCGAACCUGCAUUACCUGACUGGAAGAUGGGGCCCAUUCAAAGAAUCGGCUUCGGAAUCUUAAAUAAGGUUGUACUGGUCUAUGAAGAAGCUUUCUGGGACCAGAGUCGAGACAUUUUUGGCGCUCUUCGAAAUCCUGCCAAUCGCUUCAGCUUAAGUCAGACGGAUUAUUUCACACAAAGAGGUCGCUUCUUCCAAUGGUUCAAUUGCACCAACACGACAGGUCUGCCAACACUUCUGGCCCUCAUGGCCGGUGACGCAGCUUUUUCUACAGAAAGUACACCAAACGAUGUUCUCAUUUCUGAAGCUACGAAGGUCUUGCGGACAUUGUUUGGGCCCAAGGUGCCCAAUCCCAUCGAAGCAGUUGUGACUAGAUGGGGUCAGGACCAGUUCGCUCGUGGUAGCUAUUCAUAUACAGGACCUAACUUCCAACCUGAUGAUUACGAAGUCAUGGCGAAACCUAUCGGAAAUCUCUUCUUUGCUGGUGAGCAUACUUGCGGCACCCACCCCGCCACUGUGCACGGUGCAUAUAUCUCUGGUCUGAGAGCCGCAUCAGAGGUACUCGAAGCCAUGAUCGGAUCCAUCCAGAUCCCCGAACCGCUUGUUCUCCCAAAGGACUCAGGCCUGAAGAGAAAGUCCGAGGCUGUCCAAAGCCCUAAGGACCCAAAACAAGCACGCCUCGAAACCUACGAAAUUGAAAUUUGGAAUGCCAUUUACGCAAAGCUUGGCGAUCGACCUUGGCGCCCAGCAAACAAUUACGCCAACCCUUACAGGAUGUACAGCAAAGACAAUUGGGAGGAAGCCAAAAGGAAGUGUGAAGAAGGCAGACGACCAGGCAAGGGAAAGCCAAUUCCCAACGAAGUCAAGAAAAUGGUUACAAAGAUGUGGAAAGAAGCUUCCGAGGUCGAGAAGAGACCUUACAAUGAGAAGGCCGACGUGCAGAAGAAAGCUUACGCAACUGCGAUGGCAGAAUACAACGUGAAAGCUGGACAAUGGGAUAAAGACGCUUUGGCUUUCAGAGCCGUGUACGAGAAAGAGCAUCCAAGCGUGCCUGGUCCAGAGGAAUUGCUUGACAGUCCUUCGAGGAGGGACAGGAGAGCGAAGAGAGGUGUAAGUGGAUACGCUGAGGAUUCAGGCUCUGAGCUGGAUAUUUAACUUCUUUUUUGGUUAUCGAAUGGUUGCGCUUGCAUUUGUAUUGUAUGAUCGGUCACUCAAGGUGCAUGGCGUUGCUUCGGGAGCAUUCUUAGGUUGGGGCAACUGCAUUUGCAUACUGGUUGAAUGGCCAGUGAAGAGGGUCCUGGGGGUGAUGAGCAUAUACUCGUGUAAUGAAAAUAAUGCAUUACCGUAACCUUUCUCUGUUCUCCUCAGACGUGAUGGACGAACGUGGUAUGCACACAUUCACAUCUCAAGUGGGCCGGUUCGUAGUUGAAGUGGAAAGCAAACUUAAGGGGUUACAAGGCAGCAACGGAUCCAGAGACUGACAGCAGAGAGGACAUCAAAUGGCGGAAAGGAUCC